CAAGGUACUUGGAAAUUGCGUAGAUGAUAGUCAAUGACAUUCCCGCCGUUUCGAAUUCCGGUCGAUUAGUUCAACAAUUGAGGAAUGCAAACUACAAUCAUGGCCGACUAUGGAGAUAGAAAGAUUAAAGAUGCCCAGAUGAGAGCCAGUAUCAACCAGAAACUGGUGGAGACAGGAGAGAAAGAGAGACUGAAGGAGCUCCUGAGGAAUAAACUGAUAGAGUCAGGCUGGAGAGAUGAACUGAAGGCACAUUGUAAAGAGGUUGUGAGGAGAAAAGGACUAGAGCAUGUGACUGUAGAUGAUUUGGUUGCUGAAAUAACACCCAAAGGAAGAGAACUUGUACCCGACGAGGUGAAGAGAGAACUGCUGCAUCGGAUCCGAGCCUUUCUAGCCCAGCAAUCCAACAUCUGAUAAUCCUGCUGCUGCAGCGAGCCGGGUCCAUCAUGUGUGUGUCCAGCAACUCUCUUGAGUAGCGUGUCAAAGGUCGACUCGCUCACUGCGUGUUUCCAACUCCACCUUGAUCUCUGUUCUGUGUCGUCCCAAGUGAUUACCUCUACUGUAAUGUUGAGUAGGAAUGUCGAGAAGGCGUCUACCUCUGCAUCGUUUCAUUCAUUCAUUCAAAAAGAAUAUAUUCAUAAUACACUCAAAAAGGCAAACAAUGGAUAAAAUGCCUAUCGUUUUCUGUAGAUUUAGUGCUUUGCACGCCCAUACUUUAGGUAGGAUUUUAGAAAUCAAGUACUUGUAUGAAAUCUUGCUAGGGCCCUAGCUGUAUCAAAGCCUAGAGACUGCGUCCGAACAUUAUUGUCAUUGAAUGAUUUUUCAAGUGUAAUCCCUAAACCGCCUAUCUGCUGGGAGUGCACUCAGAGAUUCUGUGGAAGUUCCGUCCCAAUUGUCGCAACUAACUAAAAAAGUAAUCAGGUUUGUUGACGAGGAUCUGAUGAUUUAAUCUUGGGGAUUUCACUGUGACUGUCACAGGGCAGUAUCAAUCUGAAUCCGUUGUUAUCUGCUAGUGAGAGGUGAUAUAUGAGGAUUUCAUUUUGUGAGAUGAUCAUCAUAAAUAUUAUAGUCAUGUUUAAUAGAGUGUUGAAAUAUAGUGUAUUUUUAAUGCAAAUUCUGUUCUGUGUAUUCAAACUCUAUCUGAAAGGGAAAUUAUCUUCAAAAAAGUGUGCUUUGAAUGUUAUAGGUUUUAUGCUAGCAUGUGAUAUUCGCACUACCUACCGACCUCAAAUAUCAGCAUCAUUUAAGAGAAAUCACUGGUUUAAACACUUUAAAAAAUAAGGAGGUUGUGAUUAGUCUACUCGAAGUACCAUAUAAUUUGCCCUUUUUUGACAGCCUGGUGUACUUUUUACUAUGUUAUUAAUCAAAUGAAGAAGAUGAUGAAUCCCUCAUACUGUCUGUUUGGAGCCAGAAGGGUGUUAAAGAUUAAGUUGAGUUCUGGU